GUUAGCAGUCAUUGGCGGUUGAAUAUCCAGCGCCAUCGCUUCCUAGGUCUCUGAUACAUUUCACAGAAAAUUUGCUUAACUCUAAUGGUUCCUAUUGCUAGCUAGCCCCAUGGCCCCUCCAAGGAAACGAGCAUUGCCUGCACCCCUACCAGACAGUUUGAUACUGACUGACACCGAGAAGAAGCAAUGGAGACUGGGCAGAAUGAUUGGUCAAGGAGGCUUUGGAUUGAUCUACCUAGCUUCGCAGGACGUGGCCAAGCCUGUUGGGGAGGACUCUCAUUUUGUGAUUAAAGUGGAGUACUAUGAGAAUGGGCCUCUGUUUUCUGAGCUCAAGUUCUAUCAGAGGGCAGCUAAACCUGAGAACAUGCAGAGCUGGAAGAGGAGCAAUAAGCUGGAUUUUCUGGGGAUCCCUGCAUACUGGGGAUCAGGACUGGCAGAAUACAAUGGAACCAGGUACAGGUUCAUGGUUAUGGACCGCCUGGGCAGUGAUCUGCAGAAGGUGUGUGAGAGAAACGGUGGCAGGCUGAAGAAACACACAGUGCUACAGCUAGGACGUGUCCUGCUGGAUGUGCUUGAGUAUAUCCAUGACAACGAGUAUGUCCAUGCAGACAUAAAGGCUGCCAACCUGAUGCUUGGUCACACAGACCCUGACAAGGUGUACCUGGCUGACUACGGCCUGUCCUACAGGUACAGCCCAGACGGAGUACACAAAGAGUACAAAGAGAACCCAAAGAAGGGACACAAUGGAACUGUAGAGUACACCAGCAUAGAUGCCCACAAUGGAGUCGCGCCAUCUAGACGUGGAGACCUGGAGGUGUUGGGCUUCUGUCUGCUCCACUGGUUGUGUGGGGCGCUGCCCUGGGACUCUGUGCUCAAGAACCCCAUACAGGUCCAAGAGGCCAAGACCAGACUCAUAGCUAAUCUACCUGGCUCGGUGCAGCAGCUGUCUGUGGGUGGAGCUUGCACAGAUGAGUUGGCCUUUUUCCUGCUCAGUGUCAAAGCUCUGGAGUAUAAGGAACGUCCAGACUACAAGAGGCUGAGAGAGCUGCUCUCUGAAGGGGCACCAAGACCGCGCGGAGGCCAGGGAAGGCUGGACCUGUCUGGGCCACGAGCAGCGGUGUCAGGGGGUUCCUCCACCAGAGGGUCUGAUUGUCCAGCCACGGGCAAGAAAGCAGGCCGAGCGACAGGCUCCUCCAAACCAAAGCCUGUAGUUGUGGAGGAUGAGGAGAGUGAGAAAGAAGAGGAUGAGAAGAUGGAGUUUGAUGAAGAGAGGCCCAAACCUGUGCCGUCUCGCUACAGAGGAUCACCUAUAUCCAAGCUCCAGUCUGAACAGGGGGUAAAGAAAGUGGGCAGGGCUAAACCUGCAACUAGAGGGUCCUCUAAACCAAAGCCUGUAUAUGUGGAGGAUGACAGUGAUGAAGAAAAGAUGGAGAUUGAUAAAGAGGGGAGACCCAAACCUGUACCAUCUCGCUACAUUAGGGGACCACCCACAUCCAUGCCCCAGUCAGAACAGGGGAAAGCAGGCCGAGCUAGAGGCUCCUCCAAACCAAAGCCUGUAUAUGAGGAGGAUGAGGAGAACGAAGAAGAAGAAGAGAUGGAGAGACCCAGACCUGUGCCAUCUCAAUACAUCAGAGGACCACCCAUUUCCAAGCCCCAGCCAGAACAGAAAACAUCAACACAAACCAAACAUCGCGUCAGGAAAAUAGUUGCUGUGACCUCAAGACCACAAGUCAACCAUAGACGGUCCUACCCCAGAGAAAGUACAACCCCUACAAAAAGCAAAUUGGGUCAAACACAUAAUGACCAUUGGGAGGACAACAGUCAGACACACUGGGAAAACCAUCUGUACAAAGAGGAUGGUUCGGAGAACUUCAACCACGACCAUGAUCACCAGUGUGGGGGUAAGAGUCAGAAGCACGAUCCCCCAGAAUCUGACCACUGGGAAAAUCCCAACCUCAUAUAUGACCGUGGUGAGUGGGAGGAAUAUGGCUACAAAGACCACAACCAGAGAGCAGAGCCUUCUCCCAAACAGAAGAGUGGCUGUGAUGUCACACUGUACUGCAGUGCCUUAGUGGUCAUCUUAUUCCUGUCCCUGGCCUUUCUAUUCACUCUGACUGACGGUCCUGAAUGAUGACUUGGUG